CUGGAAGCUGCAGUUGAGUGGCUCCUGCUCAUGCCUCUUCUGUUGCCUUCUUUAAUUUAUCAUGUAAAUCUAAAUAAGAUGAGAACAAAAUAAUGGCAGCAGACUCAGAUAUAAGAAGACCCGUUUAACUGAGUUAUCGUUUUUAGUUUAACUGUGACGUUUUUAGGUGCCGGUAAUGUUUGCUAAGCUAACAGAGCUAGCUUCUUCGAGAGUAGUUUGGAUGUAUCCUGAUGGCUUCAACUUCAGCUGCUGAGAAAGAGUGGCAGGAAGGUGACUGUUGCCUGGCUCCGAGUUCCCGUGACAGCGUCCUGAGAGAGGCCACCGUACAGAGACUGACCUCCACCACACAGAGCAACGAUACGGCAUGGGUGAUAUUCAGGACGGAUCCGGGAGAGCAGGAGCAGGAAGCCAUAUCUGUCACGAAACUUAUGAGACCUGGCGUAAAGGAAUUUAUACAGGAGAAACCUGUGUUCCCUGGCAGCAACCCCGACCCGAUCCUCUGCGUCCCUUUAGACCUGAGCUAUGAAGACCGGGUCCCUUAUACCAUCAACAGAUACUUAAGGGAUUACCAGAGGGAAGGUAUCAGGUUCAUUUACAACAACUACAUCAGCUCGACUGGUUGUAUUCUAGGAGAUGACAUGGGCCUUGGAAAAACUGUGCAGGUUAUAGGUUUUCUUGCUGCUGUGCUGCACAAAACCGGGACAUGGCAGGACGUAGAGAACAGCAGGCCUCAGUUUCUGCAAACUCAGAUGCCCGCCAAUCAAAGUAAUCCCAGUAAAGUGUUUCUGAUUGUGGCCCCGCUGUCGGUGCUUUAUAACUGGAAGGAUGAACUGGACACGUGGGGUUACUUCCAGUGUGUGGUGGUCCACGGGCUGAGGAAGGAGGAGGAGCUUGCUCGCAUCAAGAACGGCCGCAUCGAGAUCGCUCUCACCACCUACGAGACUCUCCGGCUCUGUCUGGAUCAGUUUAACAAAAUCGACUGGGCGGCAGUGGUUGUUGAUGAGGCCCACAAGAUAAAAAACCCAAACUCCCAGAUCACACAGGCCAUGAAGGAGCUGAGAUGUAAAAACAGAAUCGGUCUCACUGGGACCAUCUUGCAGAACAACCUGGAAGAGCUGUGGUGUGUCAUGGAUUGGGCCAUACCAGGGUGUCUCGGCAGCUUGGGGCAUUUCAAGAACCAGUUCUCAGAUCCCAUCGAACAGGGGCAGAGGCACAGCGCAACCAAGCGCGCCCUGGCCACAGGGAGGAAGACCGUCAGAGCCCUGGUGAGGAAGAUUGCUCCUUUUUUCCUGAGGCGGACUAAAGCCCUCAUCAAGGAGCAGCUGCCGAAGAAGGACGACAGGGUGGUGUACUGCUCUCUGACGGACUUUCAGCAGACGGUGUAUGAGGCGGUGCUGGACACCGAGGAUGUGACGCUGCUGCUGAGAUCUUCGGAGAAAUGCGAUUGCCAAAGCGGGCGCACCCGAAGGAGCUGCUGCUAUGGAAGAACCUCUGAGGGUGUUGAUGUGAAGAAACUCUACUUCACCUACUUGGCCAUACUGCGGAAGGUUGCCAACCACGCAGCACUCCUUAAACCUACUUCAGGCACCAGCAAGAACCAGGAAAGGUAUGUGAGCUCGGUUUGCGCAAAGGUUUUCCAGAGGUUCCCCGACUUUGUGCAGAGAUGCAAAAAUGAAGCCUUUGAAGCUCUGUCAGACCCGAUGUACAGUGGGAAAAUGAAGGUGUUGCAGAAGCUUCUGAAGAACUAUCUGCAGAAGAGAGACAAAGUCCUCAUCUUUUCUCUGUCAACCAAGCUCUUGGAUAUCCUGGAGAGUUACUGCAUGGCGGAGGGACUGGACUUUAGUCGAUUGGAUGGGACCACCAAAUCCAGAGAGAGAGUCCAGAUCGUGAAAGACUUCAACAGCUCGUCUCACAUCAAUCUCUGCCUGGUUUCUACCAUGGCGGGUGGUCUCGGUCUGAACUUUGUAGGCGCUAACGUUGUUGUGCUGUUUGACCCCACCUGGAACCCAGCCAAUGAUCUCCAGGCCAUUGACAGGGCGUAUCGUAUCGGCCAGUGCAGAGAUGUUACUGUUCUCAGGUUAAUCUCCCUUGGGACUGUAGAGGAGGUUAUCUACCUGAGACAAGUAUACAAACAGCAACUGCAGUGUUCCGUAGUUGGUAAAGAGAGCGCCCGGCGGUAUUUUGAGGCAGUGCAGGGAAAUUGCGUCUAUAAAGGCGAACUGUUUGGGCUCAAAAAUCUCUUCAGGCUGCAGACAGAAGGAACGUGUCUCACCCGCAGGAUUUUAGAGCGAGAGGGACGAGUGGAGGCCGGUGUCAUAACAACGCGAAUGCACAAAGAAGACGAGGAAGAGAACGAGACCAGCAGAAAAGAGGAACGUGGAGAUUUGCCGACGGAGGGCAAACUACCAAAAGACGGAGCGCCCGAGGAGAACAUUUAUGUCUCGAAAAUCCCAAAGGACGUGCUAGAUUUCAGCAGCGGGAGUGAGAGCGAUGAGGAGCUGCAGGGGCUAAAGAGAAAGGCUUCAAACUCGAGCGCAGGCCACGGCAACAGGAGCGGGAAAGCCGCUCCUGGACCCGUUCAGAUGAGUCUCCUCCAGCACGGCUUCUCCAGACUCCUUGAACGAGUGAAGGACAGACGAGAGCUGAGGGAAGGGGACUGCAGUUCCUCUGCCGAAGGUAGUCCCUUUGAGGAGGAUGCAGGAGAUCAAAAGAUAGAGGAAGGCUCCGCAGACAUCUGCACAACUUCCUGUAAAGGAAACGGUGCUGCUUGCCUCCCAGAAUCUGAAACGAAAGCAGAGGACAAAUCCGUCGGCUCAGACAGAAAAGACAGAGACGAUGGAAACAACAUUAUGUCGUUAAAAGGGGGAGAUUACGCUGUGAGACGGCGACAGGGCCUGAAAGGUCGGAUGAACAAACAAAUCGCCGUGGAUGACGAGAGCGACGGAGAUUUCUCACCGGAAAACAAGAGGGCUAAAAAACUCAAAACUCCAGUUGCCAAAGUGGACCUCUUUGAGACGUGCUCAGAAGAAUCUGAGGAUUUAGACCUAGAGGCAGAAGCAGGUCCCAAAAGUCGCGCUUCAAACUUGUGCGACAAAGAAGGAAAUGGAGGCAGAGGAAAGCCGGGCCACAACAGGAGAAGGCAAAGUGCCAAUGCAAGGGAUAAGGCAAGAGCCAAGCACACCGAACAGAUAGAAGCUUUUACGUCUUCAGAGGACGAACACACGGCUCCUGAAACCGACGCAACGGAGAGGCGAGCAGGAAGGCCGGGCGCUGUUUCAUUUACAAGUCUGAGAAGUCCAACAACUCCAGCGUCUGAGAAAAAGAAGCAAACCAUUGACAGUGUGCUCGGGGGUGUGCAGGAGGUGGCGUAUAUGCACUCUAACCAGCGGGUGGUGGGUGGAAGCAAAGCGGAAGAGCUCAUCAGCAGAGCUGCUGUCCGGGACGUGUUCGAACGCAAAAUGUACUCGCAGCUUCCGGCCAACAACCUGCUAGGUACGCAGGAGAGCCUCCCAGCGAGUUCACCAGACAGCCAGCCUAACCUCGGCGCCGGUCUGCUGCAGAGGCCCAAAGUGGAUCAUCCAGUGACCUUCUCGAGCAAGAGCGUCCACCACAUCGACAGUACCGUAGUCAUUGUUGGAAAUACUCCCGCAGCCAUAUGCAGGCAGCAGCUGGAGGACAUGGCCCAACAUUUCAAGUUUGCUUCAGUCCACCAGUUUGCCACCGAGGUCCUGAGAGGAAAGUCGUCUCAAAGACUCGGCUGGCUCCGUCAGUUCUACGCGUCGCUGAACCGCUCUGAUGUGGCUGAGACGGUCAGAGAAAAGUUCCCCGACCCCGCGGGGCAGCCCUCCUCCCCUGCAACGGCUACCUCCCUAUCAGCCACAAAAACGUCUGACAAAACCCAAGGAAUGAAAUCUUCAAGAGCCAGAGGAACAAGGAAACGCAGUCAGCCUCGAAGAACUAACCCCAAAUCCCCACAAAGAAAUGCUUCGCCGCCACAGAUUGGAUCUGGCAUCCUAAAAAACGAUGUUCUUGAACCAGCAAAAAAGCCGAACAUGCAGGAGAAGAAUCUGGCAGGUCGUCUACGGGAUGUUCAAAGGUUCGUGUCGGAGGAGCAGGAAGAGGCGGUCUGCAGAGCCGGCGGACAUUCGGGGAAACAGACGAGUAGUGUUUCUACUUCUGGAGCCUGCAGAGCUGGUGGUGGUCUUGCGUCGGAUCGGGCCAGCAGCCUUGGUCUGGGGUCCGGGGAGGCUGCCGCUGGUUUGCUGAACCACACAGACAGAGACGGCCCUUCUUCGUCUGACCUCAGGCGUUGCAGCUCCGCCACGGUAUCCAAACCCACAGCUCAAGAUGGGGAACAAGAGCAGAGAUCCUCGCCGAAGACGACUGAAGCGCUGCGAGACGGCUCCGGGCCUCCUCCUCCUACCGCGUGCAACAGCUCCUUCCUCAAAGAUCUUAUAGGAGACGUGUCGAUUCUUGAUGAUUUGCUUAAACCUAAAGGCAAGAACGUGCGACAGAAAAACACCCCAGAAACACUUCCUGUACCUUCGGUGACGCUAAACCAGACCCUCCUCGCGUCUUCCUCACAAAAUCUACCUUCUGCUUCCACCUCGACAACACAAACCCCCGCGCUGGUGCAGACGUCAAAGAGCGCCCGCAAAGACAUCUGGGACAUCCUGAGCGAGGGCAACGAGGAGCGCAUCAACAGGUUGACGGACCCGGAGGAGGUCCAGAAAGUCUGCAUCAACGCCGGCUUUGCAGCCAGAGGGUUUUCUGGACCGAAGGAGAGCAGAAAUCUCUGGAAAACGAAUGACAGAUUUCUGUGGAAGAAAUGAGACGUUAAAGCCUUUUAGUAUGACUUUUCAUUUUUAUUGUUUUUAGCAGGUGUCAACUGGCAAUGUUGAUCGUUGCCCAAAUAAGCAGGGUUUUUUUUUUACGACUCUGAUUCAGAAUGUGUGCAUAUUUCGUAGCGUUGACCACACAAUUUGUUUCUGGAUCCAGGGUGGUUGCAUCUGAUUGGUGGGGUGCGUCAUAAAAAAUAUUUUAACUGGGUUUGGUUUGCAUGCACUAAUACUGAGACUGUAUCCAUAAGGAUUUUGCUGUUGCAAAGCUGGACUUUAGUGUUUUAUAAAAUAAAACUAAAUGUGAACCAGU